AUGACGCGAUUCAAGUCUUCCCGAACCAAGUUCAAACCCGAACAUGACAAACCAAAAAGUGACCGCUCACCGAGCUACUCCCAACGCCUCCAACAAGGCCUCGGCCCUCUAGGUCUCGCAACGGUAGGAGGUGGAACGGCACUCGUCCUCGCAAUACUGGGCUUCCUUCUCUUCCUAUGGACCGACGAGGGCUCGCACGACGGCAAGACCGCCUCGGCGCUGUGGCGAUGGAUCAUGCUCAGCCAGCACAUCACCCAGGCUAUCACCCUCUCCACGGUCCUCCUACGCAUCGCGGUCACGGCACAGGCGUCCAUCUGUACGAGCCUCAUCGCGGGUGUGAUACUGGAGAAGCACGGUGUCCCACUGUUUCGGGUGGCCGAGAUGUCCGUCAUCCGGUGUGCAAACGACGGACCGUUCCGGUUGGCGUGGUUGCUCGUCACGUCAGCGCGGAGGUCGUAUGUGCAGGCCGGGCUCUGCGUCUUGCUAUUGCUCACGACGUUUGUAGUUCAGUUCUCGUCGACUCUUUUGGUAUCGGAUUUGGCUCCCAAUGAUCUCGUCGGCGAUGCAAAGGCCAGAGCCCUCGAGGUCCACAUGAGCGGCGAUGUUAUCUCGUUGAAUCGGCAGAUGAAUAAUUGGAUUAGUCGCCCAACGGCAUAUGUGCCAUUUGGCGAGUUGCCUUCUGCAGCAGACACGAUGGACAGUCAGUUCAAUUUCAGCGACACGGGAAUCGUAAGAAGAACAUUUCUUCCCCUCCCUACGUCGCAAACGUCCACGUUACGCGAGUACACUGGCGGUGCCUACGGCUUCGAGUCACGUUUUGUAUGCCUUCGUCCAUCGGUGUCCGCUUUCCUCUCGGUGACGAUUCCACCGCCGGGCUCGUCUACUAUCCCUUUCUACUUGCAAGUAGCGGGAAAUAUGUCUUACGAGACCAUGUUCCGUGAAGCAGGCUUACUACUACCAGCAAACUGCGAACAGGGGGACUGUUUCCCGUCCAGCUUCAACUGCUCAGUUCCUCAAUUUCAAUACACCGAGACACAAGUACGGCAGGGCUUUACGAAUAGCCUGUGCAUCCCCAAUGGCACAGCCGCGCGCCCGAGUGCUCAGAACCACACCAUCUCAGAGGAACCCAUCACGGCAUACUCCCAGGUCUUUCUGUUCUUCAGGAAUAACGGCACCCAUGAUCUGUGGAGAGGACCAGGCAGUCGUUUUCUCAUGGGUACUUUUGGUCUAAAUAAUGUCGCUUCUACUGAUGGCGAGUGGCUCACGUAUAUUCGUUCCAUUGGAGGAAGAGCCCCCAAUGGCGAGAGGGUCGAGACGGGAGUCCUGAGGCUAGACAUGUCGGUUUGCUUCCAGCAGCUGGCUUUCAACUUUGCCGAAGUCAAACUAUCUAGCGAGAAGGAUCUGAAAGAGGCGCAGGUAACUUGGACUUCGGAGGCCAAGGUCUGGAACACGAAGAAGAUUCAAAAGCUCAUGGGCAUCGGAGCCCACAGAGCAAACACUACAAGCCGCGGCAUCUUCUCGGUGGACUCGAUACAGAACCCGCGACACCUUAAUGCAACGCAGUUCUUGACGAACAAGCUCAUCAACGACCUAUACAACUCGCCUCGGACCUUCAACUUUUCUCUCUUUAUGGAUCCGCAAGGCAGCGGAAAUUCUCCCAUCAAGCCGCACGUCGAAUACCAAGCCAUCUUUUCGGACAUCCUCAACAUCACCAACCGUCCCGGCGUGGCCAUGCAGUCCACCCUCACAGCCCUUUCGGGGUCGAUUAUCAAUGAGGCGCUGCCGCAAUUUGACAUCCAGGCGAACGCCAUCUUGACUUCUUCGGUGCACGUGAUGAGUCCAAAAAGCCUUCGCGGCCUGCUCAUCGUUUUUAGCGUUCUGGCUGUGAAUAUGGCUUGUGGUCUCACCGUGGUGCUUGUCUUUAUGGUGCAGAGCCGGUAUUCGAGCCAGGGGAAUUACUGGCAGGGAGUGGCGCAGAUUGUGUCUGAUGAGACGGCGUGGAUUUUGGAAGAGGCUACGGACGCGAGUGAUGGGCAUGUUGAGGAUGAGGUGCGAGGUUUAAACCGUUUUGUUUGCGUUAAUCGUUCAGAUAGGAGUGGACGAGUCCGUGUGGCUCCCGUUGAGUCUGUUUAA